GAUAUGUUUCUGCAUAUUAAUAAUGUCCGUUUCGUAUAGAUUCAACAAUAUGGCAUCGGGCUAUGUAUUUUACGAUUAACUUUUCAAUUACGUUGGUUAAAUAUUGUUCGUACAUACGCAUUAAUACAGGAAAUGUAAAUACGUUAACGAGGAAGAAAAUGAUAGAUGUGUUGCUUUUAUUAUAACAAGAGUGCAUACAUAAUUCGUUAAGUGAACGGAAGCAUUUCUAUAGAACGUUUUUAACCUUACUCGGAACGUUUCAUUUUUAGUUUUACGAGCGUUUCUGUUCUUUCACAUAUCGGAAUUUACAAGGAAAUUCAUCAUGGUUAACAUCAAUCCACGAGUAUUCUUUGAUAUAGAGGUGGGCGGACUACCAAUGGGCCGCAUAGUAUUUGAACUUUUCGCUGACAUUUGUCCAAUAACAUGCGAAAAUUUUCGUUCUUUGUGUACCGGAGAGAAAGGACUUGGGAAAACAACUGGCAAAUCUUUGCAUUAUAAAGGAAUUGUUUUUCAUAGAGUAGUUAAAGAUUUUAUGAUUCAAGGUGGUGAUUUUUCAGUAGGUAAUGGAACAGGAGGCGAGUCAAUUUAUGGUGGAACGUUUGCAGAUGAAAAUUUUAUUAUAAAACAUAAUAAACCAUUUUUACUAUCAAUGGCAAAUCGUGACAGAGACACAAAUGGUUCACAAUUUUUUAUUACAACACAACCAGCGCCUCAUCUCGACAAUGUCCAUGUGGUUUUUGGAGAAGUAGUGUCUGGCCAGGAAAUUGUUACACAUAUCGAGGGACUUCCAGUAGACCGUAUGUCCCGUCCGUUGCAAGAUGCGAAGGUUGUAAAUUGUGGAGAACUUGUAUUGAAGGUUAAAAGUAGAGCAAAGAAACGUGAAACGAAAGAUAGUAGUUCUUCCGAUUCUGAUUCCGAUUCAUAUGCAGGAAAGUCUAAAAAGAAAAAGAAGGCCAGGAAAAGUAAAAAAAGAGCAAAAUCAGAAGACGGUGAGAUUCAUGAUUCGAACGAAGAUGAUCUUGGAAAACCUCAUCCAUUAGUUUCAGUCACAAAAAUCGAUCCAGAUGAAAUUCCUGAAGUGCCGGCAAAUAAAUUUUUAUACAGAGCAGGGCCUACCAAUAAUGCGAAUCAAAAAGAAUUUAGGCAACAUUAUGGAAGGGAUCGGGUACGAUCAAAUAGAAAAACUGGUCGCGUAUUUAAAGGAAGAGGGAUAUUUCGAUAUCAUACACCAUCGCGUAGCCGUUCGAGAAGCGUAACGCCGCCUCACUGGAAGCAAGCUCAAAAUCGUACCAUUAAAUUGCAUGAAUUUCAGAAAUUAGAAAAGGAACGUUUAAAGAAAGAAGAAGAAUUGAAGAAACGUGAGGCUGAUAGGAUUAAAAAAUUUACUGAGAAUCCGGACGAAGAUAAUCCAAUAAUGGACAAGUUCGAUACAGAUGCACGCGUAUCCGAAGAAUUGGAAAAUAAAGAAAACGAUCAGUCGGACGAUAAGAAGGAUGACAAUAAAAAUAUGGAACAGGACCAAGAUAAUUUGAAUACUAGUUCGGACGUAAAUGAUGCUAUGGCAAAAGAUAAAGUAGAUGGAAAGCAUAAAAUUGAGAAAACAAUAAAACGUGAUUCGCAUCGAUCGUACGGUGAUAGAUCUUCGCGACGUGAUUCACGGGAUAGGAGCAGAAGACGCGGAAGUGGUCGUUCAAGAUCGCGAGAUCGUAGGAGAUCUCGAGAUAGAGAUUAUGACCGUAGGAACAGUCGCGAUCGAAGAAACAGAAGGAAUUAUUAUCCGCGAAGACGAGAUUCUUACAGAAUGAUCAGACCCGCCAGAGAUAAUUACAGAUAUUAUGAUAGACGUAAUGAUUAUAGAAGGACAAACAAUUCAAAUUCGAAUUACGAUGUGGAUAAAAACCGAAGAAAGAGUGAUAAUGCGUCGGACACGAAUAAUCAACCGAAAUUCAAGCGUCGUUCACGUUCAACUAGCUCUAGUAGUCAACACUCCAAAGACUAAACCUUUUGUUUUCCUAUUAUUUUCUGCAUAACACUGCAUUAAUAUUUGUAAAUUUUUCAUAUGAAUUUAUUUAAUUAUAGCAUAUUUGUAUGUAUUUAUAUGUAUGCAGGUUGUAUGCUACCUUACAUUUGUCAAAAUUGUUAAUAGGGAUGUUCGAACGUAAAUUGCGAAUGCGAAAAGUAAAAUCUAUUUCUUUCGCAUCAGAAAUUUGUGUACCUUCAAUAAGCAUGUACAAUAAUUCUUUGAAUGUUAUGCAGAACGUUUAAACAUAUAUAGGCUAACGUGUUUAAAUAAACAGUAAACGUGUCUUCUAAGUGUAUAGCAUGGUACUGUAAAUUAAAAUUACUUUCACAGUAAGUUACUAAUAUAUAAAUUAUAUUUGAAUUUAUUUUUAUGAGUGAUUACCU